GUAUUUUAUAGAAGUCUUAAAGAGAAAGAUGUUGCACAGCGUGUGGAUAAGUCUGCUGGCAUUUGUAGAGCUUGCUGUUAGCGGGAAAACAGAAGUUUACCGGUUUCGAGACCGAAGGCAUUCUGGAAUUCAGCCUGGAGUUUGUCGCUAUGGAUCCCGAUUUGAAUGUUGCUAUGGUUGGAAAAAGAAUUACAAGGGACACUGUGAAGCUGUCUGUGAACAUGGAUGUAAACACGGAGAAUGUAUCGGGGCAAAUAAAUGCAAAUGUUACCCUGGAUUUACUGGUAAAACAUGUAACCAAGACUUUAACGAAUGUGGACUGAAGCCAAGGCCCUGUGAGCACAGAUGUAUGAACACACAUGGCAGCUACAAGUGCUACUGUCUGAAUGGCUACAUGCUGAUGCCUGAUAGCACAUGUGCUAAUUCCAGGACAUGCGCUAUGGCGAAUUGUCAGUAUGGCUGUGAGAAUGUGAAGGGAGAGAUACACUGCCUUUGUCCAUCCUCUGGACUGCAGCUCGGACCAGACGGGAGAACCUGCGUAGAUAUUGAUGAAUGUGCAACUUCCAGACCUCUAUGCCCCCCUCUGCGGAGAUGUGUCAACACAUUUGGCAGCUACUUCUGCAAAUGCCAAACUGGUUAUGAACUUAAAUACAUUGAUGGCAAAUACAAGUGUAUAGAUAUCGAUGAGUGUGCUGCCAAUACACACUCAUGUAGUCCACAUGCAGACUGCCACAACACGCAAGGCUCCUUUAAGUGUAAAUGUAAGCCAGGAUUCAGAGGCAGUGGCUUUCAGUGUUCUGCUGUUCCUGAAAUCCCUUACAAAGAAACGCCUGUGAUUCUGGGAGGAACCAGGGAAGACUUAAAGAAAAUUCUGGCAAAUAGGAAUAAUGGAAAGCAGAGUGAAGUGAUAAAGAAUGCCAUCCCCCGGCCUAUAGCUACUCCUCCAUCCCCGGACCGUCUUCAACCAUUUGACUAUGAGGACGGUGUUUACAUUGGGAGCUAUGAUGAGAAAGAGCUUGAUGUGAGCUAUAAUGGCAAUGAAGAUGAGGUUGAGAACUACAUUGACUCAGAGGAGCUAACUCCCAGAGGAGAUGUGUUUGAUUUUUCUGUGGACUGCAAUUUUAAUCAAGGAGUUUGUGAAUGGAUACAGGACACAGAGGAUGACUUUGACUGGAAAGUCACUGAUCUGCCUAAUGGCAACGGGCACUACAUGGCAGUCCCUGCAUUUGUCGGGCUUAAGAACGAAGUUGGCCAUUUGAAGCUUCUUGUUGGUGAUCUGGUUCCCAAGAAGGAUUUCUGUUUGACCUUUAAGUAUCGGCUUGCGGGAGAGAGGAUUGGAAAUCUCCGGGUACUUUCCAAUAACGGGGACUCUUCAAUCUGGGAAAGGACCAGAGACAAAAAGGAAGGCUGGAAGGUUGGAAGUGUUACAAUAACUGCUAAAAACAGUUCGGAAACCCAGCAAAAUAUUGUCUUUGAAGCAGAGCGAGGAAAAGGCAAUAUUGGUGAAAUUGGAUUGGACAGUGUUAUUCUGACCUCUGGGCCUUGCAGAGAAGAGACCUCAGAAAACGAUGACUGA